AUGAGGUCUAUCAUUCACACUGUUGCCUCGGUGUUGGUAGUCGCUGCGCCUGCAGUGGCUGCCGACAACUACACAUGGGCCAAUCCUCCUUCGGAAGUUCCGUACUAUGGUCUCAGUCCUCCCGUCUAUCCUACACCCCAGGGAAAUGGCACCACUUCAUCAAAAUGGGCAGAUGCCUAUACAAAGGCCAGGGCCCUCGUCGCCCAGAUGACGCUGGAGGAAAAGACAAACGUCACGCGCGGGUACACCGGCAGUUGCGUGGGCAACACGGGCGCCGUGCCCCGGCUGGGGAUUGAACCCAUUUGCUUUGCCGAUGCCCCGGAUGGUCUGCGGGGCUCCGACUUUACCUCUGCGUUCCCGGCCCAGCUGCACUUGGCGGCGACCUGGGACAGAAACUUGAUGUACCAGUGUGGUAAAGCGCUGGGAGAAGAGUAUCACGACAAGGGCGUCAACGUGGCGCUGAGUCCCGUUGCGGGCCCGGCCGGGCGUGUUGUUACCUCGGGCCGCAGCUGGGAAGGGUUGAGUAGUGAUCCCUACCUGGCAGGUGUGGGUAUGUUCCAUGUCACUACCGGUAUACAAGAGUCGGGAGUCAUCGCUUGCGCCAAGCAUUUUCUACUCAAUGAGCAGGAAUUUCGUCGACUACCAAAUCAGACGCACACUCUCGCCGACGGCAGCACGCUCGCUGAGCCCGUCGGAGAGGCAAUGUCUUCGAAUGUCGACGACAAGACGCUUCACGAACUGUACGCAUUUCCAUUCUACGACGCGCUCUUGGCUGGUGCUGCUUCCGUCAUGUGCUCCUAUCAACGAGCAAACAACUCGUACGCCUGCCAGAACUCGAAGCUGCUAAACGGAAUACUGAAGACGGAAAUGGGUUUCGAGGGUUUCAUUGUAUCUGACUGGCAAGCACAACACACUGGAAUCGCGUCCGCCAACGCCGGUCUCGAUGUAGUCAUGCCUGAUGGUGGGUACUGGGGAGGCAACCUCACCCAGGCGGUCAACAAUGGUUCGGUCAGCACCGAUCGUAUCGAUGACAUGGCCACGCGCUUGUUUGCUUCCUUUUAUUAUCUGGAGCAGGAAGACUACCCAGAAGUAGGCGUGUUUUCCGAUACGGUGCAGCAUCCCAUUGUUGACGUGCGUGGUGACCACGACAAGCUGAUCCGCGAGAUUGGCGCCGCGGGUCAGGUGCUGGUCAAGAAUGUCAACAACACGCUCCCCCUACAGCACCCCAAGUUUGUUAGCGUUUACGGCUACGAUGCGGAUAUCAAGGCCGACCCCUGGGAGAACGUCGCCCGCUACGGCGGUGGAUACGAAGUGAACUACCCGUGGGAAACCUUUAAUGGUACACUGAUUACUGGAGGUGGCUCGGGUGGUUCGUCACCGCCCUAUGUGGUUACGCCUUUCCGGGCAAUCCAGGACCGUGUCGUCAAGGAUCACGGUAUGGUUCGAUGGAACUUCUGGUCCGAGAAUCCGCAUGUGUCGGCUACCUCUCAGGUAUGCUUGGUCUUUAUCAAUGCCUAUGGGUCCGAGGCAAAGGAGCGGCUGUCCUUGACCGACGAGUUUAGCGACAAUCUCGUCAUCAAUGUUGCUUCCAACUGUGCAAACACCAUAGUGGUUGUCCACUCCACGGCGGUCCGUCUGGUAGAUGCCUGGAUUGAGCACGAAAACGUUACUGCCGUUAUACUCGCCGGUCUACCGGGACAAGAAAGCGGAAACAGUCUUGUCGAUGUGCUCUACGGCGAUAUUAGUCCCAGCGGUAAGCUGCCGUAUACGGUUGCGAAAAAGGAGGAAGACUAUGGUCACCUUCUUCACCAUACCAACGACACUAGUUUCUUCCCUCAAUCCAACUUUACCGAGGGUGUUUAUAUCGACUAUCGGGCAUUCGACAAGGACGAAAUCGAACCUCGCUUUGAGUUUGGAUUCGGACUGACGUACUCUGAGUUUACCUACUCAAACGUUCAGGUCACGCCCGUUAGCGAUGCCAACACGGACCCCUUCCCACCAGAGGCGGCAGUCGUCCAGGGCGGCCAUCCUAACCUGUGGGAUGUUCUCUUCAACGUGACCGCAGAGGUCGAAAACGUCGGCAACUACACCGCGGCCGAAGUGGCUCAGCUUUACGUCGGAAUUCCCACGGGGCCGGUGCGAUUACUCCGUGGUUUCGACAAGGUGCUGACCAGCCCUGGGGACAAGGUGACUGUAUCCUUUCCGCUGAAGCGCCGGGAUCUGAGCAUCUGGAACGUGGACGCUCAGCAGUGGGAGUUGCAAGCUGGCGAAUAUCCAAUCUGGGUGGGCGCGAGCAGCAGGGAUCUUAGAUUGAACAGUAGCAUCACUAUCUAG